AUGGGAAAGCGAGUACAGACUUCCUCUGGCGGAGGCGGGGCCGGGGGCCUGCGGGUUGCGGGGCCGCCGGCUGGGGCGCCGCUGAGCGAGAGGAAGGGGCGGCGCGGGGCGGCGCGCAGCGGUUACUCAGGGCGGGCCGUUCAAACCGAAGGAGGGGAACGCGGCGGCCCCACACGAAGCUGGCGUGGGGGUUGCCAUAGCCUGGCGUCGCUGAAGGCGAGGCCGCGGCUCCUCCCCUGCGCUCCAGAGGCAGCCGCCUCGAUCCUCGCCCGCCCGUCGACCCCGUGGGUGCGGCCGCCCCGGGUCUCCAGGUGGGCGGGAGCGGGGGACGCCAGGUGUGUGCGGGCUGGCCGGCCUCCGGGCUUCCCCGGCCCCGCGCCCGCUCUAGCUCUGCUUCCCGGUGAGAAAUUUCCUUUUUUGGAAGCCUACAUAACGUUGACGUCUAAGAACUCAAGCUUUACUGAUGAAACAGAGAUUUUGAAGAUGUCAGAAAGGCAUUCAGGUCAAGCUGGCACUGGAGCAGGAAAUGAGGUGGACUCUCCUAUUGUCAACAUCAAGUCGUCCAGCUUUGGAGACUUUUGUUCCACAUCUUCAUUUCAAGAUAGUGGCUACAGUGAGCUGUUAAAAUCAUGCAGCUUUGAUAAUACAGAUAAAGAAUCAUUUGGAAAGAAAGAAAGAGGUUCAGCUUUAAUCCAUGAACAUCCUGAAACUUCAAGUCUGGCCUUAACACAUAGUUUAGAGUCUCCCACUCAAAGAAAGAGAUUUGUCUUCCCCAGGAAGGAAAAGGAUAAAACCCCAGACCUUUGUGAAACUCCUAAAGUCAGUGGAAAAAAAUUUUUACUGCGCAGAAGAUUGGAUGUAUCUUUCUCUCUUCUAAAGGGGGACUUUGAAUCACAAAAUAGUUCUCUCGAAAGUAGUACAAGCCAAGUUCCAAAUUUAGAAAAAAAUAUUCCAAGCAGUGCUUCAGGUUUCCCAAGGCAAAAUAAUUUUAGUUCUUUAGUUACUAGCACUUUGAAAACAGAAGAAGCGACUUCCAGCAGUCAAAAAUUGAGACUUAAUUUUUCUCAACAGAAGACGUCCACAGUUGAUGAUUCCAAAGAUAACUGUAGCCUAUUUGAAGUUGAAUGUAUAUCUCCAAUUCAAGGCAAUAGUUUAAAAGACUCUAUCACACAUGACUUUAGCGACAGCAGUCUAUGUAUUAAUGAUGAGAAUACAUAUCCUGAACUUCUGGGCUCUUCGGUCAGUGGAACAACUUGUGGAACAGAUGAGGACAUAUUUGUGACUCCAAUAAGUAAUCUUGUAGCAAAUGUUAAAUUUAAUGUAAGUCAAAGGCUUUCUCCUUUAGGUGAAGUGAGACGAAAUAUUUCAACACCUGAAGACAGUGGCUUUAACUCACUUUGCUUGGAUAAAUCAGAAGAUUCCCUCACUGACCAAGAGGGCUCUUUCCAAGAACUGCUUCAGAAACAUAAGGGAACUCUCAAAGUCAGGGACACGGUAAGAAGAUCAAGGCGUCUUGGAAGAUUAAGAAGACUGUCCACCCUUAGGGAGCAAGGCUCACAAUCUGAGACAGAAGAAGAAAAGCAGCCCAACCUCUCUGGCUCUGAAUCAACACCAGUGGCCACUUCAGACAUCUCAGAGAGUCAGCCAAGCAGUGACAAUAAGAGUGGGGAUUUGAGUUUAAGCUUUAAGAAUUUAUCAAAGACCCCAGCCUUGCAGUUAGUACAUGAGCUCUUUAUGAAAAGCAAAAGGAAAAGAUUCCAGCAAAGCGGUGCACGUGAAUUGUUAGAAGAAAGGGACGGGGGGAAAAUAGCUGUACUACAGCGUGUACUUGCAGGCCUGAUUGGCAAGAAAAUGGGUAUAGAAAAACUGGACAUCUUAACAGAAUUAAAAUACAGAAAUUUAAAGCAUGUUCUUGCUAUGGUUUUAGAUUCCUUGGCUGCAGAAAGCCUAUGCAGUAUUUGGAAAGUGAGCAGAAAUUGGCGUGAAAUUAUUAUUCAAGACAAAAAAGCAAAUCAGAGGAGGAAAUUUCAUAUCACACAACUGAAAACAGAUUCUGAGGGGGCUAUAUUAAAUGUUGAUGAUGCUGCCACUCGGCUCCAUCUUUUAAAUCGAUCAGCUUUAAGAUCUGUGCAAGCACAGGCUAGGACACCAGGUUUUCAGAAAGAACAAGUUUCAACAUUUUCUCCUUGGGGAGAAGUUUUGACACCUAUAGCGAGUUCUUCUGUUACUCACUUAAGUAGUAAACAGGAAGAAUAUGUUAAGGUUGCCAAAACACUUUUUAUUGAUGAAGCAUUAAAACCUUGCCCAAGGUGCCAAUCCCCUGCUAAGUACCAGCCUUAUAAGAAAAGGGGACUAUGUAGCAGCACAGCCUGUGGUUUUGACUUUUGUGUGUUAUGUUUGUGUGCUUAUCAUGGGUCUGAAGAAUGUAGUAGAGGAGCAGCAAAGCCAAGAAAUAGAAAAGAUGCUCUUCCAGGAAGUGCCCAGAGUAAGCGGAAUUUAAAACGCCUCUAAAGAGACUUCACAUAUAAAAGAA